AUAUUUGCUUUUGUAGAUCAUUUGGAAUUUCCUACCUUCAAGCACGAAAAUUUAUAUAAGCAGUUUAUUAUUAUAUUUCCGUAGACUUAAGGUAUCCGAAAUGGCUGAAAAUCAAGAAGAUUCCUCUGCAGGUAAACCUCUAAAAGAAGGAACAACCUCCACAACGCUGUUAAUGGAAGUAGAUCCUGUGGAGCCGGAGCGCUGUUGCUGGAUCUGCUUGGCCACCGAUGCGGACGACCGUCUGGCUUGGGUGAAUCCAUGUGCCUGCACAGGAACCACCAAGUGGGUGCAUGAGAGCUGCCUCUUCCACUGGAUCGACGAGAAGACGCAGGAGGAGGAUGAACUACAGGAGGUUUCCUGUCCACAGUGCGAAACUAAGUACAUGAUUGAGUACCCGAAACUGAGGAAAUUCCCUGCUGCCUUGGAAAAGAUGGAAAAUUUCAUAUCUUCUCAACUUUGUCCUUUCCUGAUGGCGGUUUUUUUUGGGCUCUCUGUCUAUUGGACAGCCAUUGCAUACGGAGCGUUUUCAUUUUUGCAGAUAGCUGGUCAAAAACUCGGCAUGUCAAUACUUAACCCAAGCGAUCCUUCGAUUAUCCUGAUCAUGUUUGGACUGCCAUUAAUUCCAGUUGGAUUGAUAUGUGGUCGCCUGGUUCCCUGGGAGGACGCCCUGUUGCAAUGGGCCCGAAAAUGUGCAACGAUGGUGCGAAAUCGUUCUUUUGUGAGGCAAAAUAGCGAAUGUGAGAGCCAAAGCUAUUUAGUUAAUCCUCCACUGACGGAUCCUGUCUCGCAAUACCGGAUAUUCAGCGGUGCCAUUGUACUGCCCACCAUAUCAUAUAUAGUGGGACAACUUAUUUUUCGAUCUGUGGACAAUGCGGUGCAGAGAACCCUUCUUGGAUGUCUAACAUUUGUAAUGGUUAAAGGAAUCUUGAAGAUUUACCUAGGGCACAGGCAAUAUGUUCGGUGGGCGAAGCUUCAAGUUCUGGAUUAUACAGAGGAGAACGCAGGACAGGAUGAUCAUUAA